AUGUUCGCUACUCGAUCGGUAGCCAGAGUCGCACUGCGAUGCGCUCCCAAUGCCGUGAGGUAUUUCUCCUCGUCCCGGCCUGUCGCCGUCGCCUACCAUUCCUACACACUCCCCUCCCACAACGCUCCGCCUCCGAGAGGCGAUGACGUCCCCGAGACCUCGAUAGCUCAACCCGAUCCUCUUCCUAAAGUCCACGAGACACGCCCUCCUCCUCAACAACCUCAACGACCCCAGCCGCCUCAGCAACCUCAGCCGCAACAAGAGGCACCCUCACAAAAUGCUGCCCCCGCCACACAGAAGACUUCGGCACCAGCUCCGAAGCUCAACGAGAAGGAGGCUCAGAAGCCCAAGGCUGCCCGGCCACGACCAAAGCUACGAGCCCGUAAGGCGGCCAUGAAGCUGACGCCCGCCGCCGUGGAGCAAUUGAGGGAGAUGCUCGACCAACCCGACCCCAAGCUGAUCAAGGUCGGCGUUCGGAACCGAGGUUGCAGCGGUCUGGCUUACCACCUCGAAUACGUGGACAAGCCUGGUGCUUUUGAUGAGACAGUAGAGCAGGACGGCGUCAAGGUUUUGAUCGACAGCAAGGCGCUGUUUAGCAUCAUUGGAAGUGAAAUGGACUGGGCCGAGGACAAGCUUAACCAGCGAUUUGUGUUCCGGAAUCCCAACAUCAAGGAACAGUGCGGCUGUGGAGAGUCUUUCAUGGUUUGA